GGAUGAUAAGGAUCACACUUCAUAGUUCGAAACCGGCAAACCAAGCUACGGAAGAGUUCAUCCUUGUUAAAAGGAUCAUCGAUCGCCGACGGCGGGAGCAACAACAGUGAGAAAUUAUGUGGUUUGAGCUGAUCAUCGGAAUCAUCAUCUUCCAAUUGCUCCGUCGCUUCUUCUCCAACGGCGACGAUCUCGAUGUGGGGACCUACCCUGCCAACGCCAUUUUCUCCGUGGCCAAACGGUUGGAACAGCUUUACGGUGGUAAGGCUUAUGUUGGCCUCCGAAUUCCAGACGCCGAUUCCGGAUCUCCCCAGAAUAUUGAUAUUGUUCUCGUCACUCAACGAGAAGCUGCUGUAAUAUCUGUGAAGAAUGUAUCGGGAUUUGUAUCUGUUGAUAAAGAUGGAAAUUGGGAUUGCAUUGGUGGAGAUAAGGACAAGACAGAGCGUCUUCCAGAUCCUGUAGCUGAAACAAAAGAACUAGUUCCCGUCCUAGAAUCAUAUCUCGAGCGAAGGGGAGUAGCUCUUCCAGAAGGAUAUUUGUCGUGCAAGGUCAUAUGUCCAAAUCCCAAUUUUCGAACCAUUCAUGCUGACUCUUUUCCUCCUGAGGUGAUAACUUAUGACCAGUGGAUACAGCUAAAGCCUGAAAAAAAUAGCUUGCUUUCUGGUUGGAUGAAAGGUGCAUUUCAUGGUGGAAAGAAGGAAAUGCAGGAAUCAAUACAUGAGAGCCUUAAUUCCAUUCUCAGCACAGCUCCAAUGUGGGACAGAUUGAAGCUUAAAAGUAAUAAAUCUGUCCUAGGAGAGUUUCUGGAAUUCAAAGGAGAUAAGGAUGAUAUUUUGGAAUUAAGAAAUAUCAAGAGAUCAAAAGUUAGUGGGCUGACUACCCAAAAGACAAGCAUGUUUGGUUUAGCUCAUUCAAAACUUCAAGUUCUUUACAGCCCUCGAGAUUAUCACGGUGAAGGAGCUUCAGGUUCUGAGUGGAACGAAGUUUGUGUUCGAUCUAGCACAGAGGUCGUGUUUCAGCCCCAAGGCUCCAGUAAAGUGCGCAAAUAUAAGUUGUCCUCCAUAAUUUCCUUGUCACUCAGUGCCUGAGGGUUCUCUCCUCUUUGUUCUCCCUUUGUAUAAAUGCUGGGCGUAAGCUUUACCGACAAUGUAAAACUAUUAGAACGCCUAUUUGUAGCAAAAUUUACUUGUGGAAAUGCACUGAUUCAUGAAUGUCAAUGCAAAAACAAA